AUGUCGGCCUCGGUCACGGCCAAGGUCACCGCGACCAUCGUCGGUGCGCCGUUCGCCACCGUCACCCAGACGCUCGGUGCGGCUCCUUCGGCAAGCGCGCACCCGGCCACCAUCUUUGACCCGGCGUUCGGCUCGCCUGUCGCGUUCGACGCUUCCAACCCGCUCAUCCUCUUCAUCGUCCAGGCGUUCAUCAUCGUCGGCCUGUCGCGCCUGCUUCACCUCGGCCUGCGCUACCUGCGCCAGCCAAGGGUCAUCUCCGAGGUCAUCGCGGGCAUCCUCGUCGGGCCGUCAGCUCUCGGUCGAGUUCCCGGGUUCACGAGCAACAUCUUUCCACCGGCGAGCGUGCCGUUCGUCAGCCUCGUCGCCAACAUCGGGCUGUGCCUCUUCCUGUUCCUCGUCGGCCUCGAGGUCGACUUUUCCCUGUUCCGCCGCAACGUGGCCAUCUCGUCGACCAUCUCGCUCCUCGGCCUCGUCAUCCCGUUCGGCCUCGGCGCCGCCGUGUCCAAGGGCAUCUACGACCGCUUUGUCGACGCGGCGACGGUCGACUUUGGGACGUUCCUCUUGUUCAUCGGGACGGCCAACGCCAUCACAGCGUUCCCCGUCUUGGCGCGCAUCUUGACCGACGAGAACUUGCUGCGGGACCACGUCGGCGUCAUCGUCCUCUCGGCCGGCGUCGGCAACGACGUCGUCGGCUGGGUCCUCCUCGCGCUCGCCAUCGCCCUCGUCAACUCGACGUCGGGCCUCAUCGUCCUUUACGUCAUCUUGACCUCGAUCGGCUGGACGCUCGCCCUGUGGUUCCUCGGCCGGCCGCUGCUCAAGUUUGUCGGGCGCAAGACGAGGAGCUUUGGUGAGCACGGGCCGAGCCAGAGCAUGACGGCGUUCGUCCUGUUCCUCGUCUUGACGAGCGCGUGGAUCACGGACCGCAUCGGCGUCCACGCCAUCUUCGGCGCCUUCCUCGUCGGCCUCGUCGUGCCCAAGGAGAUCCGUGCGCCCCUGACGGAAAAGAUCGAGGACCUCGUCACGGUCCUGUUCCUGCCGCUGUACUUUGCCCUGUCGGGCCUCAAGACGGACCUCGGCCUCCUGAGCGACGGCAGCAUCUGGGGCUGGGUCGUGUGCGUCUGCGUCGUCGCGUUCGCGUCGAAGUUCGUCUCGUGUGGCGGCGUCGCCAAGCUGUACGGCAUGGACUGGCGCGAGUCGGGCGCGGUCGGAUCGCUCAUGGCCUGCAAGGGACUCGUCGAGCUCAUCGUCCUGAACAUCGGGCUCAACGCCAAGAUCCUCAACCCUCCCGUAUUCGCCAUGUUCGUCGUCAUGGCCCUCAUCACGACGUUCGUCACGACGCCGCUCACGCUCGCGUUCUACCCGUCGUGGUACCGCAUCAAGGCCGAGCGCCUCCGCCGCGGUCUCGCCGCCGUCCCGCCCGCACAGGACAAGGCGCUCACGGGUGACGUCGGCGCGUUCGGCGACGAGCGCCGCCGGACGAGGUUCGCCGUCGUCGUCGAGCAGCUCGAGCACCUGCCCGCCGUCAUGGGCUUCCUCCGCCUCGUGCAGCCUGCGCCGAGCGCGCCGGCGCACCGCGUUAAGCAGGUCGAGGCGCCUCCUGUCGUCGGCGAGAAGGGCGAGAAGAAGGCGGCGGCGCACGACUCGGACAGCGACGACGGCGACUCGGCCUCGCCGACCUCGCUCUCAACCCGUGCCGCCAACGGCGCCUCGACCUCGUCGCCCUCGAGCGCGAUCCAGCUCGCCCUCCUGCGCAUCGUCGAGCUCACCGAUCGCACCUCGGCCCUGUUCCGCUCCGCCGAGUCCGAGCCGGCCCUCCUGCGCGCCGACCCGCUCUCGGUCGUCCUGCGCGCGUUCGCCCAAGGGCUCGGCGCCCACGUCAAGCGGUUGAGCCUCGCGCUCGUCAAGACGGACGACUAUGCGCGGCAGGUCGCCAGCUUUGUCGAGGAGACCGAGAGCGAGGUCGUCGUCCUCCCGUGGGCGCUCCCCUCGCCGGCCUCGUCGUCGUCGUCGGCCGUCACUGCGCCCGCAACGUCGACAUCGGCUGCGGCGGGCGCGUCGUCGUCGUUGAACGAUGCCGGCGUCGCCGAGUCGUGGCUGCCGAACCCGCUCGAGGGCCUCUUUGGCGGCUCGUCGGCGAGCGUGUCGGUCCAGGGCGCCGUCGGGUACGCCUCGGCGCUGCGCGACGUGUUCGCCGAAGCGCCGUGUGACGUCGCCCUCUUCCUCGACCGAGCGUCGUCGGCCUCGGCGAGCGACAACGACCGCGUCGUCGUCGCCGGCCAGGCGCACCUCUUCAUGGCGUUCCACGGCGGCAGCGACGACCGCCUCGCGCUCGCGCUCCUCGCCCAGCUCGUCAAGGCGCACCCGGGCCUGUCGGCGACCGUCGUGCGCGUCGAGCGCGCACCCGAGGUCACGCCCGCCGACCGCGCGCUGCUCGGCACCGAGCUCGGCGAGGACGAGGGCGAGGGCGGCGAGGCGAGCAAGACGCUGUCGCGCGAGACGGGCGAGCAGCCUCUCUUUACGGUGCACGGCGGCGCCGGCGCCGGCGACACGCUGUACCCGACCGUCGGCGGCGCUCACGGCGCCGGCAUGCAAUCCGAGACGGAGGACGACGUCCUCGUCUCGCGCCUCUUCCCCUCCUCGACCACCGCCACCUCGUCCGACGCCGACUCGGACCGCCGCAUCGCGUUCGCCAGCGUGCGUUCGGGCGUCCCGCUCGCGCACGCCCUCGCGCGCCUCGCCAAGCUCUGCUCCGAGCUCGCCUCGUCGGCGUCGGGGGCGCGCGUCCCGCUCGUCGUAUUUGCCGGCCGGGGCCGCCGCGACGCACCGUCGCACUUGGGCGAGCUGCGCGCGCUCCUCGGGAGCGCGAGCGCGGCUGGGACGCUGCAGCGGUCGGUCAUUGGCGCGAGCGAGGUGCGGCGCGCGCUUGGCGACGCGGCGAGCGCGGUCGUGCUCGAUGCCGAGAGGCGCGGUGGGGACGAGACGGUCGUCGUCGUGCAGCGGGGCGGCAAGCGCGGGAGGGUGCCGCGCUCGAAGGGCGUGAGCGCCUGGGGCGCGGGCGAGCUCGUCAAGGGCAACGGGGCUUGA